CGGCACCCCGCGUCUAAACCUCAACUAACCCGUGCCUCUUAGCUCCUAACUACGCGUUGACACUGAGCUCUAGGGCACAGCUCAUAGCGGUAGCGAUGCCACCCAAGACUCGCCGCAAGCGCAAAGCCUCGACCGGGGCUCCUGCGGGCGGCGCGCAACGAUCGAAAAGAGCGGCAAUGGGAACGUCACCGCAGGCUGGCACCGGUGAUGCCUUACCUUCAAGAAAGAGUUCGAGGCGGAAGCCAGCGAAACCGGAGCAUGAGCCUGUCCACGACGCCUCGCCCGUUCCUAACGCUCCCCCCUACCUCGAUCUCCUACCCGACGAACUGCUCCUGUGUGUCCUCGAGCACCUAGAUGCGCAGUAUAUCCUGUCCAAGGCACGCAUUCAACAGUUCUACAACAUCUGCUUGACCAGCCGCCGCCUUAACAGGCUGGGCAAUAACUUCCUGUACGAAGAAUUCGACUCGCGCAUCUGGACGCACCCGGCGAAAUUCCUCCGCACCAUAAUUGGGAACAAGGAUCUAGCAAGCAGGGUCAAGACCAUGUGGUGGCAUUUUGAGAUGCUUGACCGCAACUGGAAGGACAGCUUUAUGCCGUCGUCUACAGACCGGCGCCAGCUCCGGGAGAGUCUUAAGAACCUGCGCAUCCGGGACAGGGCUGUACUCGAGGAUCAGUAUUGCCAGGGUCGACUGAGUCAGCUGUUCAUGCUGGCACUCCUGCACACACCUAAUGUGCGACAGCUGGUGGUUAAUGACGACACCCCUAGCUAUCGCCACAUCCCGCGAAUCUGCUAUCAGGCGACAAGCUACAUUAAUCUGCUGAGCAACGCUGCUAAGGGGACCCCGGUCGGGCUCUCCCCUGUUUACUCGCACCUCCACAGCCUCCAUAUCCGUAUGGGUGAUAUGGUUCUUGAAGAUCUAUUAGCAAUCUUCCGCUUGCCCUCACUCCAAAAGUUAAUCCUGAUAGGGAUAAACGGAGCGAGGGAUCCAACACAUCACGACCUGCUCGAAUCACUCCGAGACACGUCUCCAGUGACUGAGCUCACCGUCUUGGAUAGUUUCUUAGACAGUCAUACGUUAGCGCAUCUCAUUUCAGCUUGUCGCGAGCUGAGGAACUUCGUUUUUGUCUACAACUCCCGGAUCUACACCGUCCCGCUGCCGAAAAUCAACUACGCGCAAAUAGGCAAGGGACUCCGGAAGCACAAGAAGACACUUAAGGUCGUAGACCUGGAUGAUAUCUCCGACCGUACCCUGCACGUCAUCACCGACUAUGACCGUGGCGUUCUAGGCUCCUUCCACGAUUUCGAGAAACUUGAGUUCUUCGGUGCGCCGAUCGAGGCCUUCACAGCCAUCAAUGAUGAGAGCGUGGAUUUAUUUGCAACAUCGCCGGAUGAUGCCGACUACAUACCCUUCGCCCGCCUUGGCCAAGUGCUCCCAAAGAAUCUCCUCCACCUUGCCCUCACCAUUUUCGAAGACGAAGAGCACUCCGACUUCUGCUCAUCGUCGCUCGAGCUUUUGCACAGAACGUAUCACGAGGAUCUCCCCAAACUCCACAAAAUCGAAGUCAAGGCGCACAAGCUCGUCUACAUGAAGAGCAUCGAUCUAUGGGUGCCCAAGCACAAGUUCCUCAACUCAGGCGUCUCCUUCAUCGUCUCGCAGGAAGGCAUCCUGGAAGAGGACCUCGAGUACUCAUCGGACGAGGACACGAUUACAGAUUCCGAAGCCUACGAUGGGUUCUCUGAUGACAUUGGGCCUUUGGGGCUUGAUGGCUUCUUGGACAUGGCCUCGGAUAUGGAUAUCGAAAGCGAUCACGACGAGGACGACAAUUCAGACGACGAUGCAGACGAUGUGCAAUAUCCGGCUCAUUCGUUGGAGGCGCUGUUGGAUGUUAUGGAUACCAUUCAGGGAGCUACGCAGGGGGUUAAUGCGGCGAUGGCUGGCAUGUUGCCGUUGCUGGCGAGCUUGCAGGCGGGGCAUUUGCAUCAUCAUUUGCAUCACCAUCACCAUGAGCAUCACCACCCUCAUUAGCUCUUGUGGGGGCUUGGGGCUUUUGAUUUUUCGUAAUCGGGGUUCGGAUAGGUCUCGCUUGGCCUAGCUUUUUCAGGGGCUAAGUAGGAUACGCGUGGGUUAUGGAAA